UUUGUUUUUAUUUUUUUUAUACAUAUCAAUCACUGUUGAAACUUGGAGGAGAGGAUCAUAGAGGGAUCUCUGAAGGAUCUCCGGCAGGAUGGAGGCCUGUAUGAUGAAGCCAGAGGUCAAAAAGAAGCCAAAACCGCCCAAACCUCCUCCAAAGCCCACAGAGGUAAAAAGAAACGAGGCAGAGAGAGAUGUGAAGCCAGCUCCGUUGAUGCCUCCUCGACCCAAAGAUGCUGAGCUGAUUCACACACAGUACAGAAUGAAAAAAUCAGCAGCUUUAAACAGCGAGCCGAAUGGGAACAUCCAGCAACAACAUACCAAACUAAAACCGUCUGAAACUGCUGCUGCUUCCCCGAGACUCGCAGAAAAGGAACCAAAAGCGGCAGCAAGGCCCGGUGAACCCAGAAAGACCUCCAGAGAAACUGACCAACCAGAAGCUGCUGCAGAUGAAGCGGAUUUCAAGCGGAGCAAUCAGUCCGGCCUGACGGGAAUGUUUCGACGCAGCCAAAAAGAGAAAAUGCCAACAUUUACAAGCUACGCGACUGACGACCAAGAGGAAAAAUCAGAUGACGUCCCAAUCAAACAUGCUCCCAGCAACAAACCGGCCAGCAGAGAGCCCAGUCCCGAGCCCAGUGCAGAAGAAACCAGUUCAGAGAAGGAACAACUGGGAGACCAAAGCAAAGAGCAACACAAUGCAGAACACAAACAGGAGAAAGGAGGCCUUCUCGCUGGAAUGUUUCGCAAAACACCCAAGGAGAAAUCCUCUCCUACCCUGAAGGUCAGCAAAGCAGAAAGUGAUUCUGAAGAUGUGGAGAAAGAGGAAGAGGAGAAAACAUCUGAACCAUCCCACGAAAAAGGUGGUUUCUUUUCUGGCAUCUUAAAGAAAUCGACCAAACCAGCUGAUGAGACGUCCGCACAGGAGAAUCUGAGUGAUCACAUGGAUUUGUCUGCCAGCAGCGACAGUCUGUCUGACACCAAGGAAAAAGGAGGAAUUUUCAGCGGGAUAUUCAGGAAAUCACCGAAGCCAGCAGAAACAGACCAGUCCGACUUGUCAAAGAGCAACAAGAAUCUUUCUGAAAACAGCAACGUCAAAGAGAAAGGAAAUGUGUUCAGUGGGAUGUUUAGACGAUCUCCAAAACCAUCUGAAGGGUCGCAGUUGGAGGAGGGUGACGAGUCGUUACACGGCGAACUCUCUGCCAGCAGCGACAGCCUGACGGAGAACAAGGAGAAAAGCAGCUUUUUUGACCUUCUCAGAAAAAACCCGAAACCAGCAGGAGAGGAGAAUCUGGCAGCACACAGAGACGUUUCAGGAAGCAGCGACAGUCUGUCUGAAGCUGCCAGCAAAAAGGAAAAAGGGAAGUUGAAGAAAUCCUCCGAAGACGACGCAGAGAUUAGAGAGGAAAAAAAGACGCAGGAUGAUGAUCUUUCCAGCAGUGAAGGUCCAAAUGAAAACCCAGCCAAGGAAAAAGGUCGAAUAUUUGGGGGAAUGUUCAAGAAGCCUCCCAAAGCCGUCCAGUCGGAGGAGGAUGCUGUUUCUGACUCUGAUGUUUCGGACAGCACUGAGAACUUAUCUUACAACAAACAGGAGAAAGGUGGAGGUUUGUUCAGUGGGCUCCUCAAAAAGACGCCCAAAGGAGAAAAGACUGAGACUCCAGACAGAGAGGCUCAGCGAGAGCUGACAGCCAGCUGUGAAGACCUGGCUGAGAAUAACAAGGAGAAAAACAUUUUCAGCAACAUGUUUAAGAAAACACCGAAGCCAGCAGCAGAGGGCGCUAAAGCACAGACAGAGGACCUGGACACUGACAGACGAUUAUCCGCCAGCAGUGAGAACCUGACCGACCCGACCGGCCCAAAGGAGAAAAAAGGAGGCCUGGCUGGAAUAUUCAAAAGAUCUUCAAGCUUUGACAACCUGCUAGACGAGGACAAAAAUAUUUUCAGUGGCAUGUUUAAGAGAAGUGCGAAGCCGGCAGAGGAGGGGUCAAACGCGACGGGCGAAAACACAACGUUGUCUGGCAGCACUGAAGAUCUGCUGGAGGCAAACCCAACAAAAGAGAAAACGGGAGGACUUACAGGGUUCUUUAAAAGGUCGCCCAAACCGUCUCCGCGCUCGGUUGCUACUGAGGAUCCGCUGACCAAGCAGCUGUCGGCCAGCUGGGACAGCCUGACUGAGGCCGGGAACGACGACCGCGCCGCUCAACGAGAACUGUCAGGCAGUACAGAUAAUCUUUGUGACACCGCCAAGGAGAAAAAAGCCGGGCUGUCCGGGAUGUUCAGACGAACGCCUAGAAAUACGGAGCAGCAGGAAGGUGAAGACGUGGCGCCACCUGCUGGACGCGGACUGAGUCGCAAGAGAACCAUAAAGAAGAAACGCAGAGUUGUGUCUUUCCGAGUCAAGAAAACUCUUCCCAGAAAGUCUGCAGAGAAAUCCAGUGAAAUACCUGUGAUUGAGGAGAGCGUUGAGAUGGAGGAGCUGAACACGCCACAGGAGAGCACGGUGUUGGUGGAGCCGGUGGAGAUGGCAGCUUAUCCCACUGAGGAAAGCCUGACCCAGAUGGAGCAGGAGAACAAUGAGCUGAUGGAGUGGUGGAACUCAGUGAAAGGUUGGACCGAGUGGAGCGAGACCUCAAACUUCCAGGAGGAGGAUGAACAAAUUGCGAUGGAGCAGGCAGCCGAUCGAGUCUACAUGGCAGCCCGUGUUUUCGUUCACCUUUUCAACCAGCGGGGGGCGUCCUUGCAGCAACGCAUCCUGGAGCUGCUGUUGAUGGCCGACGCCGCAGACGAGUUCCACAAGAAGACGGUGACGGCCGCUGUGGGAGGGGGCGUGGCCAGCGUGGCGGGCAGCGUGGCGACCAUCACCGGCCUCAUCCUGGCUCCGUUCACCUUCGGGGCGUCGAUCAUCGUCACGGCGGUGGGGAUCGGCGUGGCGACGGCCGGCAGCAUCACGUCGGCGACGGCCAACAUCACCGACACCGUGCACUCCAACAUGGACCGCAAGAAGGUGGAGAAGAUGAUCCAGGGCUACCAGGAGGAGAUCGAGGACAUCAGGAAGUGCAUGGAGUUCGUUCAGGAGGGAAUGAACACCCUGGAGGAGUGGGAUUUUGAGAAAUACUCUGAAAGUGCCGCCAAAAAGGCUCUAAACCACAACAUUAAACACGUGAUGAAGGAGGGCGGCCGGGCGGGAAAAGCCCUGAUGAUCAACACCGAUAAGCUCAUCAGCACCGUUCAGGUUCUGGGCGCCGCCGGCGGCGCCGCUAAGGCCGUCCAGGCCGUCAGCGUCACCACGGGCGUCAUGUCCGCCCUCUUCCUCGCCCUGGACAUCUUCUUCCUCGCCAAAGACUCCCACAAACUCCACAAGGGAGCCAAAACCAAGUUCGCCGCCAAGAUCCGGCAGGUGUGCAAAGACCUUCAGGAAGGCCUGCUGGAGCUGAACAAGGUGAAGACGCAGCUGCAGAAGACGAUGGAUGGCAUCGAGGUGGAGGAGUACGAGGACAUCGAGGAGGUGGAGGUGGAGGUGGAAGACGAGUUUGAGUCCGACCCGAAGAAACUGGCAGAGCUGGAGCAGGAGAUCGACUUCAUGGAGGAGAAACUGGACAAAAAGGAGAAGGAAGAAGAGGUGGAGCCGAAGAAGAGCAAAGAGACGACGGCGUUGGAUAUCUUUAAAAUAAAGAAGGAGAGAAAGGAGGAGAAGAGCAUGAAGGAAAAAGAAACAGAGGAAGAGGAGGAGGAAGAGGAGGAGGAACCAAAGAAGAGCAAAGAAUCGAUGUUGGACAUUUUUAAAAUAAAGAAAGAGAAAAAGGAAGAGAAGAGUGUGGAGAAAACAGGAGAAAUGGAGGAGGAAAAGGGCGACGAGGAGCCAAAGAAGAUCAAAGAAUCGGUGUUGGACAUUUUUAAAAUGAAGAAAGAGAAAAAGGAAGAGAAGAGCGUGGAGAAAACUGGAGAAAUGGAAGAAAAAAUGGAGGACGAGGAGCCAAAGAAGAGCAAAGAAUCGGUGUUGGACAUUUUUAAAAUGAAGAAAGAGAAAAAGGAAGAGAAGAUCGAGAAGGAAAAAGAUGUGGAGGAAAAAGACAAAGGUGAGAAAAUAUCUGAAUCCAAA